AUGGACCGCUUUUCGUGGUCAAAUGGGCUCUUAGAAAUAAACGAAACAUUAGUGAUCCAACAACGAGGUGUCAGACUGUAUGACGGGGAUGACAAGGCUAAGCUGGACGUCGGAGUUGCCUUGUUGAGCACCCAUCGGUUGAUCUGGAGGGACGUCAAAAAUCACGAAUGCUGCAUAGCCAUGCCCCUGUCACAGAUCAUUUUCUUUGAGGAGCAGGCUGCAGGGAUAGGAAAGAGUGCUAAAAUCGUCGUCCACCUGCACCCUGCACCUGUCAACAAGGAGCCUGGUCCCUACCAACACAGCAAGUACACCUUCAUCAAGCUGUCCUUCAAAGAACAUGGACAGAUUGAGUUUUACAGGAGGCUAACGGAGGAAAUGACCCAGAAGAGGUGGGAGAGUACGCCAGCUGCACAACCCAUCCCCACAGGAACUGGCUCUCAGGCAGGAAGGACUCGCGCAGUGGGGAUCGUUGGCAUUGAGAGGAAGAUAGAGGAGAGGAGGAAAGAAACAGACAAAAACAUCUCCGAGGCUUUUGAGGACCUCAGUAAGCUCAUGGUGAAGGCCAAAGAGAUGGUGGAGCUGUCCAAAUCUAUAGCCAACAAGAUCAAAGACAAGCAGGGAGACAUAACAGAGGACGAGACAAUUCGGUUUAAGUCCUACCUGCUGAGCAUGGGUAUCGCCAACCCCGUUACCAGGGAGACGCAUGGAUCAGGCACACAUUACCAUUUGCAGCUGGCUAAGCAACUGGGGGAUAUGCUGCAGGCCCCUCUCGAGGAGCGCGGGGGUAUGAUGGCUCUCACGGAGGUUUAUUGUCUCGUCAACCGUGCCAGAGGGAUGGAGCUUUUAUCCCCAGAAGAUUUGGUGAACGCGUGCAAGAUGUUUGAGACGUUGAAGCUCCCGCUGAGACUGCGGGUGUUUGACAGCGGCGUGAUGGUGGUCCAGCUGCAGUCUCACAGCGAAGAGGAAAUGAUAGCCUCAGCACUGGACAAUGUGUCAGACAAAGGCUCUCUGACAGCAGAGGAGUUCGCCAAGCUUCUGGGUCUCUCCGUUCUUCUGUCGAAAGAGCGGUUGCUGCUGGCUGAGAAGAUGGGCCACCUGUGUAGAGACGACUCUGUUGAGGGUUUGAGAUUCUACCCAAACCUCUUCUGACCUGUUUACAGAACCCAAACUAAGUGGUGGAAAAAAACAAACUCAGACUUGGCUCCACUGUCUCUACUGAUGAGCUGGAUGCAUUAAAAAAAAAAAAAAAAGCAGCACAUAUAUAAACCACUAGGCAGCACUGAACCUGUCCAGUCUGCUUCCGAUUGCUGAACGGUUGGUGUUCUGUUGGUGGUAAAUCUCUGUGAAAAUCCACUGUAAAUAUUACCAGCUAGUCUUUAUCUAGGUCCAAGAGAAAAAAGGAAACGUUUAUCAGGAGGGAACGAAAAUGUAAAAUACUGUACAUUCAGCAAAGUUUUCCCAAAAUGUUGCUUUUUUUUUUUUUUUUUUUUGGUGGAAUGCUGAAAAAUAAAUGAUGUUUUUAGUAAUAAAUGGGUUUGGGAAAGACUGUUAUGAAAAAAGCCCCUAGCCCCUGAUCGCAUUUUUUUCUAAGUAAAAAAAUACAUUUAUGUAAUAAAUAAUUGAGGAAUUCA